GCCCCCGGUCUGCUCCGCGGUCUCCGGCUCGCGGACCUUUUAGGGAGCUGCGAUUUUGAAGCUCGAGCAGACAGAUUGACAGGCAGACGGACAGAGGCGGAUUCUAUCCCCGAUCGAUUCACGUAAGAAGGAAGAGUACGGAAGGAAGGAAAAGGGAGGCAGGGAGGCGGGCUCAGAUAGUAGUCAGCGGAUAGAGGUAGUGCUGGUGUUCGUUUUGGAGAGACUCGGAGGAGGAGGAGGAGGAGGAGAGGAUUGUGGCAAGCACACGCGCUCCGGCCAUGAACCUAGACAUGGCGUUAGCCGCUUCUUCGUCCUCGUUGUUUGCCGGGUCGCUGGCUGGGCUCAGCUUGAAUGCCGAGCCAGCUUCCAGCCGUGUGCCCGCGGACAAGAUCGCUGCGGCUCCUCUGCGCAUUUCCUGCGUCGGCAGCGGUGGAUCGCAAGUGAGACCUACAGCGACCGCACCUUCGCCCACUACGAAGAGGAGCAAAGUUGAGAUCUUCAAGGAGCAGAGUAACUUUCUUCGUUGGCCCUUGAACGAGGACUUGGAGAAUGAUGCGCCCAACGUGAGCGAGGCGUCUACCCAGCUGAUCAAGUUCCAUGGAAGCUACCAGCAAUAUGACCGAGAUGUCAGGCAGAGCAGGAAUUACUCGUUCAUGCUCCGAACUAAGCAGCCCGCAGGAAAAGUUAGCAACGCGCUGUACCUGGCCAUGGAUGAACUCGCCGACAAGUUCGGAAUUGGAAGCCUACGGUUGACUACGAGGCAGACUUUCCAGUUGCACGGGGUUUUGAAACAAGAUUUGAAAACCGUAAUGCGCACCGUUAUUAAGAACAUGGGAUCAACUUUAGGAGCUUGCGGGGACUUGAAUCGCAACGUGUUGGCUCCUGCAGUUCCAUAUCUUGACAAACCGGAGUACGUCAUCGCCCAAGAGACAGCCGAGAAGCUUGCGGCCUUGUUGGCUCCACAAGCUGGUGCGUACUACGAUAUGUGGGUGGACGGCGAGAAAAUUAUGUCUGCAGAGCCUCCGGAUGUCACAGAAGCACGUAACACGAACAUAAACGGAAGCAAUUUCGAAAAUUCUCCCGAACCUAUUUAUGGAGUCCAGUUUCUUCCUCGCAAGUUCAAGAUCGCAGUGACUGUCCCGGGCGAUAACUCCGUGGAUUUGUUCACCAACGAUGUUGGAAUUGUCACGAUCAUGGACGAAGAAGGCGAGCUCGAGGGCUACAACAUCUACGUCGGAGGAGGAAUGGGUCGCACUCACAGAAUAGAAAACACUUUUCCUCGCUUGGCCGAACCUCUUGGUUACGUGCCGAAAGACGAUAUUCUGUAUGCUGUCAAGGCUAUCGUUGCUACCCAAAGGGAUCAUGGUCGGAGGGACGAAAGACGUUACUCGCGAAUGAAGUAUCUUAUUGAUGACUGGGGUAUGGAAAAGUUCAGGCUAGUCACCGAGCAAUACUAUGGAAAAUCUUUCCUCCCUUUGAGGGAUUUGCCACCAUGGGAGUUCAAGAGUUUCCUUGGCUGGGGUGAGCAGGGAGACGGAAGGCUGUUCUAUGGAUUACACGUAGAGAACGGUAGAGUGAAAGGUGAAUUGAAGAAGGCUCUCCGGGAAAUUAUUGAAAAGUAUAACCUAAGUGUCCGACUCACAGCCAACCAAAACAUCAUUCUUUGUGACAUUCGACAAGCAUGGAGGCCGAAGAUUAACAAGAUUUUGGCUGCCGUUGGCGUCAAGCUUCCACGAUCCAUCGACACGUUGAACGUCACAUCUUUGGCGUGCCCUGCCCUUCCCCUUUGUCCACUUGCCAUCACUGAAGCCGAACGCGGGGCCCCCGCCAUUCUUGAGAGGAUCCGCGCUUCAAUGAAAAAGGUCGGGCUCGGUUCGAAGACUCCACUUGUUGUCCGAUUUACUGGAUGUCCUAAUGGAUGCACCAGGCCCUACAUGGCAGAGCUGGGAUUGGUUGGUGACGGACCCAAUAGCUAUCAGCUUUGGGUUGGAGGAACUUCAAACCAAACUAGGUUAGCGCAAAUCUUCAUGGACAAGGUGAAGAUCCAGGAAUUGGAGAAGGUCUUUGAGCCCAUGUUUCAUUUCUGGAAGAACGAGCGAAGUCAUGAGGACGAGUCGUUUGGAGAUUUUGCUAUGAGAGUGGGCUUUGAAGAAUUGAAAGCUUACGUAGAGUCCUUCGAGGGCCUGCCAAAGAAGAAGAAGUUGGGACCUAAGAUCAUCAACCUGAAUAAGGACUUGUACGCCGCGUUAGACAAGAUUGCCGAAGACCAAGAAAGCUCCGUCACACAAGUGGCCACAAAAAUUCUCAACUCCUAUCUGGAGUCCUCAUCCACCGCGCAAUAGGGACUUCUUGUAUCAUAGAGCUAAGCUGUUUUGGUCAAGAAUAUUAGCAGAACUGCUAAUCACGAGUGUACUAUGGGCUGGUUUUUGAGAAAGGACUUGCCGAUCAUCCGGCGACAAUUUCCACACUUCAGGCUGGUGACUUCGGAUUGGGGUCUUGUAUGCAUCGUUGUCUGCUGGAGGGUUUUCCCCGUAGCUCUAGCUAGAGAAAAGUUUUGAUGCAAACAAGGUCUUGAUGUAGGUAAUUUUGAGAUUUGCGAGUCAUUUUUUGAAUAAUCAAGUGCCUUGUCUGACUGAAAGUCUGCUUGUGCAAAUUUGUAUCGUUCCUGUUGAGUUUGGCUGUUUAAGUAGAUGGACGAAGACUCCAGCUGCGAUUGUAAGUUUCGUAGAUAUGUUAGAACAUAAGGAUCUGGCUUCACAAUUCUUUGAAAGCAUUGAAGCUCGAGAAGAAGGGAAGGUAGUUGCCUGACAUUGAUAAGUUUAUCAGAGAUUCCGUCAGACAAAGUUUUUGACUAGAGCUUCGUUUGAGUGAAGCGGUCAAAUUUGGAGACAUGAGCAACUAAUCAGUUCUUCCGUAUAUCUCAAUGUCACCUUAUAGAUCUACAAAGUAGCAGAAAAAUCGGUUACCAGUCUGAUGAUGAGGACUUUAAACUAUAAUUCUCCUUUGGUAUUCGUCGUGUUAAUAUGUGAGACAUUUUGUGGUACUCC